CACUGCAGUUUUACUAAGCGGAGAAGGACCAUUGAAAGUGAAGAGAAGGACAAAAGCUAAAGCAGUAGCUGGAACAUUUAUUCACUGUAUGUAUUGUCAAGGUAUGUACAUUCGAAAGGAACUGUGGAGACAUGUCCGCCGAUGCCCCUGUAAACCAGAAAAUAUGGAUCUUGAAAAACCACCUGGAAGAACCAAAGUGCUUGGUUUAGCUUUGGCUAAUGAGUCUGCAUUCUGUCAGCAGAUCUCAAGUGGAGUUUGGAAGCUCAUUAACACCAUGAAGCAGGAUGAUGUUGCCUCAGUUGUAAGAAAUGACUUGUCUAUUAUUCAGUUGGCCCAAUCGCUCUACAACAGACAUGGACAGGAUCCCACAAAGUAUGAAUACAUGAGACAGAAGCUUCGUGAACUUGGACGUUUGUUGCUAUGUCUGCAAACACAAUUCUCAAUACGUAAUCUAGAGGAAGCUGUGAAACCUGCUAAUUUCCAGAGGCUUGUGCAAGCAGUAAAGAUUGUGUCAGGGUUUGAUGAAGAGAAACUGUCAUACCAAACACCAAGCCUUGCCCUGAAACUGGGACAUUCAUUGCACAAAAUCUGUGACAUAAUCCACUGCCGUGCACUUACGUCAGACAAUGCUGAACUGAUCAAAUCAACUGAGACUUUCCAAAAACUGUACUCAUCCAAGUGGUCUGAGAUGGUGUCUCAUUCAGCCUUGAACACUCUGAGUCAUGCCAAGUACAAUAAACCCUCAACAUUACCCUUCAC